AUGUCCCCGCACCAAACUACUGGCCAGGAAUCUGACAACAUGACCGUCAAUGGCGAGAAUGCGCAAGCUUCAUCUCAAUAUAUCCAGAGCAAUGAGGAGAUGACCAGUGCUAUAGCGACCGAGAAAAAAGCUUCGACUGCAAAGGCGGCGAAGGACCCUUCAAGGCCUAAGAGGAAAAAAGCCAAGCGAGCUUGUUACGCCUGCCAGAGGGGCCAUCUUACUUGUGGUGAUGAGCGCCCAUGUCAGCGUUGUAUCAAGCGCGGAUUCCAAGAUGCCUGCCACGAUGGAGUACGAAAGAAGGCCAAAUACCUUCAUGAUGCGCCAAAUGAGGCACUCAUGGCUGGAGUGGGAGCAACCCUCUAUAACCAGAGAAAUGCGGCACAGAACAAUGCCAAUGGAUCCAAUACUUCGCCCGGCGCUCCUCAGCAGAUAACCUCACCCAAUUUCUACAAUACACAGCAGUCACCGGAUUAUAAUGGCUUUCCGCAAAAUAAGACCGAACUGCAGGACAGCACAGUAGGCCCUGAUAAUUAUGCCUCCCAGUCACCCGUUUCGCCCACGUAUCAAAUAAGUCAAGGAUUAUCAACCCAGGGCCUUUCUCCAUCCCUCCCGCAAUCCACAAGUGAGACACCAUCAGCCGCAAAUCCUGCCCCGGGCCAAUUUAAUUCUGCCUUUUUUGAUCCUAGCGAUCCUGCGCUAUUCAAUUUUGACCUCGCAAGCAUGAAUUUCGGAAACCAUUAUGGUGCUUUGGAAUUCGGAAUGCUGGGACAUAUGGCGACCGGGGUAGGUGACACACCACCUAGCGAGAGCGGAGCCCAGCGUGGUUCAAUUGGACAAAAUGGCUCCGGGACAUUCGGCCUCACUGGAUCCAACUUUUCUGAGAGCCCUAGCAACCAGGCCCCCUAUUUGUUUAGCGAAUCUGGCAUGAAUGACUGGACGCAAACUGCACCUGUCAAUAGGAGGAGUAUGUAUGGUUCAAAUGCAAACUUGGUGGCGGGAAAUAUGUCGGACAAACCGCAUGCAUUCGCCAUUGAAAGUGCCCCGGCCAAUUUUGCUAGCCCUGCUUCCAACGAGAGUCCGAUGAUGACGACCAGCUCAGCAACAUUUGAAGACACAACAAAUUCCGGGGCAUUCAACUCUAGGCAAAACGUACCUGUGUCUCAACAGAGACAGCAGCCAGUUGUAUCAACACCCCAACUUAAGCAACAAAAUUUGAACCUCGGCAGCAGGCGCAGACAUAAGAAUGCGUCGUCUAUUUACGACAGCGUCAAGGACCCGUACUCCUACACUAGCGGAUUCCAUUCUUUAACGGCAUUCAUCCAGCGCCGUUUCUCUCCACAGAAGACAUUGCGUAUUGCCAAAGCGUUGGCAUCCAUUCGACCGUCAUUUAUUGCGACUACCAAAACUCUAAAUCGGGAUGAUCUAAUAUUCAUGGAGAAAUGUUUCCAACGCACACUCUGGGAGUACGAAGACUUCAUCAACGCGUGUGGCACUCCGACGAUAGUCUGUCGACGAACCGGCGAGAUCGCUGCCGUGGGUAAAGAGUUCAGCAUCCUCACUGGCUGGAAGAAAGAAGUGUUGUUGGGCAAGGAGCCAAACCACAAUGUUAACACUGGUGGCUCUUCCGGUCUGAUGACAGGCUCAACAUCACGAGGAAGUUAUACACCAAGACCUUACAGCUCCGAGGUAUACAACUCCAGUGCAACAGCUACGCCGCGCACACAACCUGUCUUUCUUGCGGAACUGCUGGACGACGACAGUGUGAUUGAAUUCUACGAAGACUUUGCCAAGCUUGCCUUUGGUGACUCUCGUGGCAGUGUGAUGACGACGUGCAAGCUGCUCAAGUACAAAACUAAGGCUGAGAGUGAUAUUCUUGCCGGCAGCAACGGCGAGGCGGACGCUGGGUUGAAUGGUGAAGCCGCCAGUAACGAGACAAACGAGCUCAACGGCAGCCUUACCAACGGAGCCACUACGAACGGGCGAGGACAACGCCGGUGGGGCAAAGGUGAGAUUGCUGGUGAAGCUGGCAUGAACCAACUUGGAUUCCGCGACGGCAAAGUCGAAUGCAGCUAUUGCUGGACUGUCAAACGGGAUGUCUUUGACAUCCCCAUGCUUAUUGUGAUGAAUGUAAGUUGUCUGUGUUUAGAACCACUGAGCGAGCCAUAA